AUGUCGCAGCUUGUCAAUCACAACAGUUCAAACUCAUACAGGCAGUCUGGCUUUGCGAACCGGAUGGGUUGGGGCUUGCGCCCAGCUGUCAUUGUCAUUGAUGUUUGCAAGGCAUACUUUACGGAAGGAUCGCCCCUGUCCUUGUUAGCAAAUCCUGAAGGCGCAUCAUCUCCAGAGUCCAUUCGAAGGCUGCUUACGGCUGCUCGGAUAGGUAAUGUUCCAGUGAUUUGGACCAAGGUCGAAUACUCCCGACCAGACAUGGCAGAUGCAGGACUCUUCUGGCGAAAGGCAAAGGUCUUGGACGUCUGGUUAAAAGGGGACCAACGUGGCUUAGAUGACUGCCUAGAAGGACUUAAACCAGACGAAGGCGACGUGAUCGUGGUUAAAAAGUAUCCGUCGGCGUUCUUUGCCACCACUCUUGCGUCAGAGCUGCAGUGUAUGAAUGUUGAUACCCUUGUUAUCUGUGGGGUGAGCACUUCAGGCUGUGUCAGGGCGACAACAUUAGAUGCUAUGCAGCAUGGCUUCCGUCCGAUGGUGGUGGGAAGCGCAUGCGGGGAUCGGACACCUGAGAUUCAAAAUGCGAAUUUGUUUGAUUUGGAUGCGAAUCCCCUGCCUGCCAACAUAUAUUUUCCAGCAAUCCCGACAUUAAGCAAAGAGUUUGGGGUCUCGAUAGAGGCCAUGAAUUUGACUGUGACAGUAUACUUGGCAAUGCAAGGAGUCUCCCCGAUGCUCUGGGGCCCUUUGUCUGAUCGAUAUGGCCGUCGUCCAAUCUUCUUGGUUUGUUUGAGCCUCCUUGUGGGGUCUUGUAUCGGUCUUGCCUUGACGCCGAACAAUGCAUUCUGGUUGCUUCUCCUUUUACGAGCGGUUCAGGCAGGAGGGUGUGCGAGCGCGAUUGCCUUAGGCGCUGGAGUCAUUGGCGACAUUUCAAGCCCAGACGAAAGAGGAGGUUUCUUCGGGAUGUUCAAUCUUGGUCCUAUGCUGGCGCCCUGCGUUGGGCCUGUGAUCGGAGGCAUCCUUUCGGAUCAACUAGGUUGGCGAUCAAUAAUGUGGUUCCUAACCAUCUUCUCAGUAAUCUCCCUGUUAAUACUUCUUUUGUUUUUGCCAGAGACAAUGAGAGCAAUAGUUGGGAAUGGCAGUAUCAAGCCACUAAAGGCCGUUCAUUUUGCCUGGAUACCCGUGGUGCCCAUUGGAACUCGUCAAAUAGCACUACAAGCACCGAGCCCCAACAAUGCCAUAUUGAAUCCCUUUAUCUUCUUUGUAUAUCCGGAUGUGCUCAUUACACUGCUCUACACGGGGGUCGUGUACGCGGUCAACUACACAAUUACGGCGACAAUAUCUUCAGCCUACGUCGAGCUAUAUCCCUUUCUCUCGGAGACUACUCUUGGUCUCUGUUACCUAUCGACAGGAGGUGGUAUGAUGCUUGGAUCGACCAUGACGGGCAAAAUGUUGGAUUGGGAAUUCAAAAGGAUGAAGAAGCGGUGCGUCACUCCAGAAAGGCAUAGCGAUGGAUCUGGCGAAGUGUCGGGCGAAGGCGGUUUCUCCAUCGAGCGAGCACGACUACGCACGAUGCCAGGAUUUAUCCUCAUCUUUCUAGGAGCCAUUGCAAUGAACCUACUCACAAGAAAGUCGUCGAAUAAAAGCGCCGGUGGGUCUACCCGAGAGACACGAAGCAGUUCUGCCGACAGAGGUGAUGCAGGAAAUAAACCAUCGCUAUUGCAUCGACUGGGUCGAAGGAAUAGUGGAAGUAGGGAACGCGAGUCGACGAGUGAGCACGAUUCGACGCACCUCCCAAAGAGUCGCGGACUACCUCGUCUGAGCGCUGAUCCUAUCGAAAAGGCGUUUCAACCUGAGAUCACGGAGGUACAUCCAGAAACCAGCAAUCAGCCAGCUACGCCAACACAGGAUAUUGCCAACCAGCACCCGGAACAAUCUCCCAUCAUCGGACAAGCAGUAACAACAGUUGGUCAGGUCAAAGCCGAGGCUUCUACGCGCCCUGAACCACAAGCACGUGCGAAGUCUCACAAGAUCUCCGGAAAGGGCUUGACCAAAGACGAUGUGCACCAGUUGUUCUCCGGCGCGCCACAGUUUGUUCUGGAAAAGGGUCGUCGUGGGCGGUAUUUCCCGCAGGCUUUCUUCCCGUGGAACAACGACCUCGACAUUUCGGACUUGCAAGAUAGGAGAUAUCUCCGCCACGAAAGCUUUGCACUGGCAACGCUGCAUGCUCAUCUUCCUAUCCCAGAUGAAGUCCAUCGGUCAUCGUCCAAGGCAGAUCCGCCGUCAAAACUGGAUAAACUCGGCACGGGCAAAAGGCCUAUGUUUGAAAUCGGUGUCUUUGAACGACCCAACAUGCUCAGUGUGGACGGCAAAGAGCCAGGUACAGUGGGAAUGCGCUAUUUCCUCGAGCGUCCAGUGGCAGAUGGCCUUCAAGACGACAAGGUUCGAGAACACGGCAAAGAUAUCGAACUCGACCUUUCUCUUGCCAAUGCUCCAACCUUGGAAGCGUUCAAGAUGCUCGCGAUAGGGAGGGAGAGCGAAGACUUGAACGCUAAGAUUGGUAAACAUGCCCCGACCCAAGAUCGUGUCAAGCUCUUUCAGGGUGGGCCGCAUGUCUGGAGAUCGGUUGGGGUGCGAGACAUUACCAUGGAAUUGCUUGCGCACCGGCUCGAGGUCCUUCACCAUUUGCGGGAUGAGGUUGUUGAGGGGGGAUGGCGGACCACCAUCCUUGAUCGUUUCACCUCCUCCGAGCUCCAUCAUCAUCUCUUCUCGAUGAUCCUGUUCCCUCCCAAGAAAUUGGGUCAUGAAGUUCCACCCGACAAGGAAGGGCUCAAAGUUCAAAUUGAAGCACUGGUCAAAGUCCUUACCACUCCUGGAGCGUGGCUCGACCUAAGCGUACCAGAAGCGAGGCUGCGAUUUGGCAAGAUUCUCCACAGUCGAACAACGUAUUAUGAUCACGACACUGGACAUAUGACAGUCGACCCAGAGAGGAAAUGGCUCUUGAUUCAAAUGUUGCUCGCCGUCGAACUGGUAGUUCGAUUGGAUGCGGCAUUGAGACUAGGAGUGGCUCUGCAUUCCGAGUCAUUCGAACUUAAGAGUGACGAAAUUCAUCACUUCAACAAACUUCGGACUCUCAAAGUUGACUGGGAUCUUGUUGCUGCUAGACGCUUCAUAGGACUGAGCUACGUCAAGACAAUCCGUCCAAAGUCAAAGCCAUCUGUGGCUUCCACGGCAACAUCUCCUCCUCCGAGACCAGGCGCUCAACACCAUGGGAGCUUCUUGGGGAAGCUCUUCUCCCACAGCGAUGAAGAACGCAAGGCCAGCACUGCGCCAAGCCAUGACGACUGUGAUAUUACCAUCCUCCCAAGACAGCCAGAGGUCAUGGUAGAGGGUUUGAUACGAUUUGCCGAUUUUAUUGGUUGGCCUCGAAGCCAGGAAGUGCGGGCGCGCCUCAGCGAGAAAUUGUGUCAAGUGGAUAUUGAGGAGAGGGAGAGGUUUCUGAUGGACGCGAUGACAUGCGAGAGCCAGGCCGACACCCACAACAAGAGCCGUUCUGUCGGGGCGACCCGUCGAUUGGGAGAUUUCUACAUUGACUUGCAUGCAGCAACUCCCACCACAAUUGGGGGAUGGGUCUCCCACAGUUGGCUGUCGGGACUUAUUCUGCCCGGGAACUCAAUCUGUGACAUUCUCAUUGGCACGCUCUUGGAGAAUGAUACAGCACCUCAUCUGGUUCGAACGUUGGGUUGGGAAGGAAGCCACCCACUCCGUGGUUCGGGCUUUAUCUGCGAUGGAAGCAGUUGGUGGUCUAAAUCGAGUAUCGUGGGACGGGUUAUGGCAGCUAGCCAUGGCACUAAGGAGUCGAUGGGGUGGAUUUGGGUGCCGAAUUUUGUGCCGCUAUACGAAGCCACCAAGCAACCGCUCGUGGACCGGUGGGUGAAGCUCAAGACCUAUCCGGUUGCAACCACGAGAUCACGACCACGCAUCUUUGACGGCGACCGACUGGCCGAAGACAGCACCCCAUUGGGAGUCGGGAAAGGCGGUAUCAUGAGCAGCGAAUUCAGCAUGCUGACGGAUCAUGUUUUGGAUCAUGAGGACAAGACGCAGAUUGAAGUGAGAAAAGUCGAGGUCCAUCUUGCCAGCAGCAAUGCCACCGAUUCGAGCCCAGAACAUCCUCUCUCAGCUUGGGCUUCGUUCGAGCUGCUGUUGUCGUGUCCGCCACCAGCAGAGGACUCUGGACUUUCCCCCCGCGUCGUCUCUAAACAGGUGAGGUACGGCCUGGAUCGCGCGGUCUACUUUGUCACAGCUUUUCCAUGUCGACUUCCUCACGGGCACGCGACGUUUGCUCCGGGUUCUAGCGAUGCAACUUAUGAGCAGACAAGACCUCCCCCCAAACACCAAGCACACGAACACAUCCCGGCUCAUCCUCUUCACUCGACCUACAAAUAUGAAGCCAAGACGCUCUCAGACAUUAUUGGGGUCGACAACGAGGGACGUGGGCUUGACCACGUGGCAGAGCCUCCAAAUCCUUGUGGGAGACAUGAUUCAGAGGUGUGGGUCAUCGACGCCAGGUCUGUCCUGCCGCCACAUCACCACGACACCAUAAGCCUCUCGAGCAGUGUGUCGAACAGUUCUGCAGUGACUGAUACGUCUGUGGAAACUGCGAUGCCUUGUCCAGAUGGAUCCGAGACUUACACUAAGAUCUGUGGCAAGGAAAUCCUGGCUCGAAGUUGGUGUGCUGAGAAGGGUCGAAAUGCAAUCAUAGCUCGGGUAGGACGUACCUGCCUAUCCUGUGCGAUCCGCGAGGCCAAGGCAUUGGAAAUCAGUGUGGUCAUACGAGUUGGGGCGAAGGAUUGA